CAUGAUUCGGGGGCAAACCCCUGUCCGUCAUUCCCCCCCACGGUCCUCCGCGUGCCGUCCCACGGUGUCCCACCCACACCGCAUUCAAUAGCACCACCACGGUAGCUAUCAGUCAAUGCGCCACCGCCGGCACCGCCCCAUCCUCGCUUCCCCAGCCGGCAGCCACGUCCAUCUAUCCCCAAACGCCCGCCAUCUCCGAGCCAGUGAGGACGCCGCAGCUGGGAGUGGAAAAGAAGAGCUGUAACAAGGAUCUGAUUCCACCGCCAUCUCCAUGGUCGUAGUGGCCUCUCACUCCCCACAGGAAGAAGAAACAGACAAGCGCCACGCCCACGGGAAGCUACUAGUAACUCAGGCCUGACUAGUAACCGCGCGCCCGCUCCAAGCCAAGAAACCGAAGCCAGAGUGAGCUUCUCGUUCUCCCUCUUUCUCUUUUCCUCCUCCUCGCCCAAAUUUUCCUUGGCCGGACCAUCGGGGGUGGUGGAAUAAUGGCGACGGCGAGGAGAGGAGGCGCGGGGUGGAGUGUUGCGGCUGUUAUUGCGGCCGUGCUGCAGAUUCUUCUUGCGGUGGCGGAGGCUGGGAAGUACAACGCGGUGUUUAAUUUUGGGGACUCUUUGGUGGACGCCGGCAACCUGGUGACGGAGGGCAUCCCUGACUACCUCGCCACGGCGCGGCUGCCCUACGGCCAGAGCUACUUCGGUUACCCCACCGGCCGCUGCUCCGACGGCCGUCUCGUCAUUGAUUUCAUCGCGCAAGAGUUCGGACUGCCGCUACUACCCCCGUCCAAGGCUAAGAACGCCAGCUUCGCGCAGGGCGCCAACUUCGCCAUCACCGGCGCGACGGCGCUCACGACCGAGUUCUUCGAAAAGCGGGGGCUCGGCAAGAGCGUCUGGAAUUCUGGUUCCCUCUUUACCCAAAUCCAGUGGCUGCGCGACCUUAAGCCUUCCUUUUGCAACUCCACCAAAGAAUGCAAGGACUUCUUCGCUAAGUCCCUGUUUGUGGUCGGUGAAUUUGGUGGAAAUGACUACAAUGCGCCACUCUUCGCCGGGAAGGACCUCAAUGAGGCCUACAAGUUGAUGCCUCAUGUUGUACAGGGCAUCUCUGAUGGUGUUGAGCAAUUGAUUGCUGAGGGGGCAAAGGAUUUGAUUGUGCCCGGAGUGAUGCCAUCCGGGUGCUUUCCAGUGUACUUGACCAUGUACACCGAGCCUAAAGAGGGGUACGGUCCGCGUAGCGGCUGUCUCAAGCGGUUCAACACAUUCUCGUGGAUACACAAUGCGUUGCUCAAGCGCGCGUUAGAGAAGCUCCGUGCUAAGCACCCUGGUGUGAGGAUCAUAUAUGGGGAUUACUUCACACCAGUUAUCCAGUUCUUGCUUCAGCCUGAGAAAUUUGGAUUCCACAGACAGCUGCCUAGAGCAUGCUGUGGCGCUCCUGGGAAGGGUCCUUAUAACUUCAAUCUGACAGCCAAGUGUGGUGAGCCUGGUGCUACACCCUGCGCUGAUCCCAAGACACAUUGGAGCUGGGAUGGCAUUCACUUGACAGAAGCAGCAUAUGGGCACAUAGCGAGAGGUUGGUUGCACGGCCCGUUCGCGGAUCAACCUAUCGCACAGUCUUCCUGAGCAUCUACCUGGUCGCUUGGCCUUUGUAGCUCUAGAGUGUCUCAAAAUAGCACACCAAAUUGGAGCUGAUAAUGGUAGUUCCAUAUAGUUGCAUGUAUAUCUCCAUCCAUUUUGUUUGGCUUCAUUCCCAGUCAGGUAAAAAAAAAGGUGAGAUAGGGAGGGCUAUUAAAGCAUGAUUUCUUCAUUCAUCAGGUGGUAUAAGUAACAAAGUGUAGCACAAAGUGGUUGAAUAUGAUCAGAUUAUCUUCCUGUGUAGCUUCAGGCUUUUGAUCAGAAACCAGUAUGGUCUUAACUUCAAGUUUUGUCUGAAUCUAUAUAGAUGUGGCGCGUACGGAGGUGUUCUUUUA